CACGGGGCCGGCCGGGAGCGGCACCGGGCGGAGGGCGGCGAAGGCUACCACCGAGGAACGGCGGCGGCAAAGUUUUGGUGUGGGGGGCCAGAGGAGCAGAGGGGGAUUACGAUCGGUGCCGGCGAGGGAUUCCCAGACGCCGCCAGGCAGGCCAGAUCUGGCAGAUAGCUGAUAUGAGGACUUUUCUGAGUUCAGAAAGCUGAGUGUGACACCAACAGACUUCAGUGAAAGGAAAUAUCCCUGCAAGCACAGAGACUUUUGGUAUCUAAAUUCAUCAGCAAAGUCAUGGCUACUGUUUCUUGCAGCACACAUGGAAGAAGGCAACAAACUUUGUAACCCUGGCUAACAAGACUGUGUUUUUCUUAUCAAAAGUAGGAGGUAGGCCAAUUAUAAAAAGAUUAUUUUAUACUUAGCCUCCAGGACUUGAACUCUGGCCUGAACACUGGACAUUAAUAGAAGCCAAUUUUAACGACCUGAGAUUUUGCUACCUGUGCUUUAUUAUUGUUAUCAGUUCUUAAACACUUUGGUACUUUAUUUCUUUAGAUUAGAAAUGGGUUCGUGGACUAAAAUGUGGCCCACAGAUUGGGCUCUUCUCAUGAAAUCAUGGCUUAUCUUUUCCCUGGGGCUCUGCAUGCAGGUCUCCAAAACUUUGACCUGCCCAAAAGUGUGCCGCUGUGAUCGAAACUUUGUCUACUGUAAUGAGCGAAGCUUGACCUCAGUGCCUCUUGGGAUACCGGAGGGUGUAACCGUCCUCUACCUCCAUAAUAACCAAAUUAAUAAUGCUGGAUUUCCUGCAGAGUUGCACAAUGUCCAGUCUGUGCACACAGUCUACCUGUAUGGCAACCAAUUGGAUGAAUUCCCCAUGAACCUGCCGAAGAAUGUCAGGGUUCUCCACCUGCAGGAAAACAACAUUCAGACCAUUUCUCGUGCUGCUCUUGCUCAGCUUUUGAAACUGGAAGAACUGCACCUAGAUGACAACUCCAUCUCCACUGUUGGCGUUGAGGAUGGGGCAUUCCAGGAAGCCAUCAGCCUCAAACUUCUGUUCUUGUCCAAGAAUCAUUUAAGCAGUGUACCAGUAGGCCUUCCGCUGGACUUACAAGAACUUCGAGUAGACGAAAACCGAAUUGCUGUCAUUUCAGACUUGGCCUUCCAAAAUCUUACAAGUCUGGAGCGUCUGAUUGUAGAUGGCAAUCUCCUUACUAAUAAAGGCAUAGCUGAAGGCACCUUUAGCCACCUCUCCAAGCUCAAGGAAUUCUCAAUAGUUCGGAAUUCACUGACCUACCCUCCUCCCGAUCUUCCAGGGACACAUCUGCUGAGGCUUUACUUGCAAGACAACCAGAUAACCCAUAUACCACUUACAGCCUUUUCAAACCUCCACAAACUGGAACGUCUUGAUAUUUCCAACAAUCAGCUUCGGAUGUUGACAAAGGGAGUAUUUGAUAAUCUCCACAGCCUGAGACAACUCACUGUAAGGAAUAAUCCCUGGUUAUGUGACUGCAGUAUUAAGUGGGUCACUGAGUGGCUCAAAUUUAUUCCUUCUUCCAUCAAUGUACGGGGUUUUAUGUGCCAGGGACCAGAGCAGGUCCGAGGUAUGGCAGUCAGGGAGCUCAAUAUGAAUAUGUUGUCAUGCCCCACCACCACCCCUGGUCUGCCACUUAUCAUCACCCCAGUCCCAGCUACAACCAUGCCAACUACAUUAAUUCCCACCUCAUCGUUUUCCCCCCCAAGUAGCAAAUAUAAUCCUCUCACUCCCAUCAUAGCCACACUCCCCACUGUGCCUGACAGGGAGGACAGAGAAAGGGUGACACCUCCUUUAUCUGAAGGGAUUCAACUCUUCAUCCAUUUUGUUAAUGACACUUGCAUCCAAGUCAACUGGAUGUCACUUUUUACCGUAAUGGCAUAUAAACUCACAUGGGUUAAAAUGGGCCAUAGUCUGGUAGGAGGAAUUGUUCAUGAGCGAAUAGUUAGUGGUGAGAAGCAGCAAUCAAGCUUGGUAAAUCUGGAGCCCAAAUCCACUUAUCGGAUUUGUUUGGUUCCACUGGAUACUUAUAACAGUUACCGAACUGGAGAAGACACUGUCUGUUCAGAAGCCACAACCAAGGCUUCCUUUUUGAGCAAUGGCAGCAACAUCCCUUCCAGUCACGAGCAGACAACUUCUCAGAACCUAGGCUCCCCAUUUCUGCUGGCAGGGUUGAUUGGGGGUGCAGUGAUAUUUGUCCUUGUGGUCCUGCUCAGCAUUUUUUGCUGGCAUAUGCACAAAAAAGGUCGUUACACCUCCCAGAAGUGGAAAUAUAACCGGGGCCGUCGGAAAGAUGACUACUGUGAGGCAGGGACCAAGAAGGACAACUCCAUCCUGGAGAUGACGGAAACCAGCUUCCAGAUUGUCUCCUUAAAUAAUGAUCAGCUCCUUAAAGGAGAUUUCAGACUGCAGCCCAUUUAUACCCCAAAUGGGGGCAUUAACUACACAGACUGCCACAUCCCCAACAACAUGCGAUACUGCAACAGCAACGUCUCAGACCUGGAGCACUGUCAUACGUGAUGGUGAGGGAAGAUGGGGGUGUCUAGGACAAAGAGGAAAAAACUCUAGAAAAAAUAAGACCCCCAGCAACAGUGAAAAGAAUUACAUUUGAUAAAUGUUACAAAGAUGCAUUUAUGCAUUUGGAUACUCUGUAAUUUAUACGGUGUACUAUAUAAUGGGAUUUAAAAAAAGUGCUAUCUUUUCUAUUUCAAGUUAAUUGCAAAUGGUUUUGUAACUCUUUGCUUUUUAAAUCUUUAAAAAAUAUUGCUGAGUACUGUACAGGGUUGUACAAUAAGAACCCAAUGUCAUGGCAAAGGAAAGAAUGACUCAUUCUUCAAACAUUAACCACUUUGCUGUCGAAGCUGUCUGAGGGAUGUUAAGUUUCUAAGUGUCCUGAAUACAGGAAAAUAAGUGCGUAUUAAAACGGUCACUAGGAACAGACAAAAGCAAUUCAGAUAAAAUGGGUACAACCCUUCUGACUACAACAGUAGUUGCUGUUGAGCUUCAAACAAUUGGAAAUACAUGUGUUGCCCUUUGUCAGUUCUACAUUUCCUACCUCCAACUGAAAGCUGGAGUUCUGAGUGCUGCCAAAAAGGCUACUUUCUUGUUUGAUUAGUUUUCUCCCAAUAUACUUGGAAUAGGAAAGGUAGACAGAGCUCAGUGUCAAACUCAAAGUGACCUUGAUUCCUAGUUGCAAAAGCUACUCUGAAAAUGUCCCCCAAUACUAUGUGCUUUUAUCAUAGAAAAUGUUUCUGCUUUUCAUUAUGAUUUAAGAAGCUUUAGGCAUUUUCUGACCCUUCUCAGUGGGAGGUGAAGGUUAUCGGAAUGUAACAGAGAGCUGUCAUUAAGUUGCGCGUCUCUUUAAUAGAGCAGCAUUUGUUUACACAGCGUGUUCAGGUAAAGCCUGAGUGAGAAAAAUUCUGAGUUGCUCCCAGUUCUGCAGUGUUCAUUUACAAUUUGGAAUCUAAAAGUGUAUAUUGCUGAAAACAUGGUGCAAAAUAUAAUGCCAAUGGAAAGGUUGCUAUUGAUUUUUAUGGUUCAAGCUAUGUUUGACUUAGGAGUCUGAGUUAUGUUCAAUAUGGAGAAAUAGAAGAAAAAAGACAGAAAGAGAAAACAAAUAAGAAAUGUAUUGUAAAAGGUUAUUUAGUAUUGGAACUCCAGGCAUAUUAUAAACUGAAUUACCCCUCUUCUCUCUUAAAUUUUCCAUAAUGAUCUGCGCUUUACAAGCACUAGGUGGGCUUAGAAUUUGCUUUUUUAUUCUCUGAAAUUCUUUAGCUGCAAUACCUUCUGAGUCUUUGAGCUUUACAUGCACUAUGCAAAAUGUUAUGUUUCUAUUAAAACCGUGAUGCAGCUCUCCAAAUUAUGCAAUGUUCCAGCCGCUCUACUGACUCAAUGACUGCCAGGAACUCUGGAUUUCUUGCCAGCUCAGUGGUGGAAUCUAAUUCUUUGGUCUUUUUCAGUUUGUUUGUUUUUUGAUGCGGCUCAUUUUCUCCUGAGCUUGGGGACAAACUAAAGUUCACAUCAAAAUGAAAAAAAAAAUAAAAAGAUGGAGACAGAGCUUCCCUGAGGGAGUAGGGAACCAAAGAGAAAACAUUUUACAGUGACCAACUAGGAACAAGGAGAAGUUGUAGCAAGUAGAUUGAAGCAAAGGGUGAAGCACUUUCACUGUGGAAUGCUUAGACUUUUCACUUUAUGAGGCUCCUUAUGUUGGGAGAGAGGGUUUUAAUCCUUUCCUUUGCUCAUUUCACUCAACCCAUUCUUGAAACAGCAGUCCAUGAACAUGCGGUUUCUGAAGUUCAAAUCACAUGAUAACACUCAUUUUCUGCAAUGGUGAAAUGAACCUAGUUAUGAUUGAUGGCAAAGUACGAUCAUUUUAUAAGGAAUCACAUCCUCCCACCAACACCUUUUGUAAUCACAGUUUGAAAUUCCACUCUAUAUAUUUGCUAUUUUCUCCAGAUAUAGCAGGUACUUUAGACAACCUGUGUGUCUGUUGUAAUAGUAAAGUCAUUUAAAUUGUGCUGAGUAAAAGGCUACCAUAUGAUUUCAAAUGGUGUAAUUCUAAGUAGAAAUGUCUAUGCAAAGUGGUUUUUUUUCUGUGAUUUCUUUACUGAAGAUGAUGAUGAUAAGGUUGAUACUUUUGCUUUUUUUGGUUAAUAUGGUUUAGGUGCCACAGCUCAAAAGACAAGCAGCAAGUAGUUGUGCUUCUGCGCACUUCCACUGCAUUGGAGUUUGCUUGAAAUUAAGUAAAGCAUAGAUCCCAUUGGGUGUGGACAUAGUAUUUAAUUUCACUGAAAUAACUAGUUGUACAUUUGAUUUCAAAAGGCAUCCUUUGAAAGUACAUGCUUAUUAGUAUUUUGUACUUCAAUGACUGAUGCAGGAGGAAUCUUCUGUUCUAGACCUCAGGAUAUCACAGUUUCAAGAUAAACAAGGCACCUUAUUUUUAACAAUUGACUUAUUCAGGGAGUUUGACUGUACUGCGGGUGAAUGGUCCACAAGCCCAAACUAAUGACAGCAAAUGUUACUGACCUAAUAGAUCGAAAAAUCAAAAUUAUAUUAAGAUAGCAUAGUUAAUGCUUCAUGUCAGUAUGAAUAAUAAUAUGUAUAUUGGUAUGGGAUACUGGCAAAAGUUUAUUUUCUAUAAAUACUUCUCUGAAAAAACUUAGGAAGCCACUUAUACAAAAAUUUGUGGAUAGAGCUGGGAGUAUUACCUAAAAGAAAAUCAGAUUUGUAGUCAACUGAAAGAUCAUGUUUCAUUUGAAGAAUGUUUCUCCCAAUUCCAAUUGUUCUUUUGCUGCAAAACAGUUAAUGUAUUUCAACCUACAGCAGAGUUUGUGACUUCUUAAAGUGCUAGUCACACAAAUAUCUGAGACUUCAUUUCAGAUCACAUCUGGAUAAGUACAUAAUGGGAAAAUUUCACUAGGUAAAGUAUUUAGAAAAAGAGUUCAAAAUGGACAAUGAUCUUUUGGCAAUGUAAAGUUUAAGAUUAGUAGCUUUUUCCUUAGGCUUUGUAAAAAUGGGGUCAUCUUCACUUAGUGCAAACGUCUGAUCACCUAUAAUAACUAAAGGCUAUGGAGCAGAAGUCCCAAAUGUGUGUAUAUACAACUAAUCCAAAAUGUUCACUUCAAAGUCCUAAUUUGAACAGGUUCAUUGGACCUGGGGAAAAUUUUUUUUUUCAAACAAAAUCUCACUCAUCUUCCAUUGUAUACUGCUAGUAACUGACAUAGAUGUGCAAAAGAUUGGUUAGGGGAAAAAAAUAAGACUUUAAUUGAAAUUAUGUUAAAGAAGUAUCACAACACUGCUGUACCCAGUUCUUGGGUUCCUUCUGAAGACUCACUUAUUUGCAAACAGGUCCUUAUUUUUACAGAUUUUGUUGCUGGCAGAAACAAACACAUGAUUAAUGCAUGGACUCUGUGUUAACAAGUUCUUAUUGGAAAGAUUAGUAAUGAAUUUAUUCAUAAAAAUAUUAAGGGAUGAAGUUACUUUGGACUGAAAAGAUAGCAGUUUUUCGUGUAAGCCAAUAAAGAUGCUGUUUUACCUGACAGUGAAUGCCACGUAAAACAGAGAAAAUUAAGUACCACAUGCUAUUUGCUACUAGAGUAGUUCAACUGCAUUUUUCUCUCAAUCAUUUUCUUUUUUCGUGAGAGAAAAUUUCUCCCUCUGGGAAAAUUAUUGAUUUCAGUUUUGCAAACAAAAGAACCUUAUGCAUAUUGUAUUGUUAUUAUGGUUUUAAGGGUCUACAUAAGGCACUUUAUUAAUGGUAUUAAAAUAAAAGUUCAGUCUCAGCUUCUGACAGUAAAGUGGUUAAUUCUCAUUGAAUUCUACAUUUAUAGUACUUCUUCACCUUAAAUUUAACAUGGAAAUAUUAAAUCUUUUUUCUUUAGAACACGAGAAUAAUGGUUUUAUGCAUGACUUAACUUCACAGCUCAGUGGAAAAACAAAACACAAGUGAGUGCCAAAACCAAAAGUUACUGGCUCUGAGCCUCAUCAAAUCCUGCCUGAUGCUCUUUUCUAAACACAGAGGUAAUCCUAGGAAGCUGAUGAUCACUCCUUCCCUGAACUCUACUGAAUAGGGCACUUUGUAUCCCAGAUGAUACUACAGGCAAUAUUAAAACAUUUGGCAUUAAAUUUUUGUACAGCAGUAGCUCUUUUAAAGGACGCUGGCUAGUAGUCCAUAUGGAAAACUAGCACAGAAGAGGUUUGGCAACCUUUUAUUAUACUGGGGCUCUGUGGAAAUGUGCCUCAUGAGAGCUGAAUUCUGAUCCUCUCAGAAACAGAUAAGCUACUAAACAAAUUGUUAUCAUCAGUUGAUCCCAAGUAUCUGAAGAUGAUGUUUCAUAAAAUUGAUUUUAACUGAGACAUGCACACUUGAUUCUGUUCUGUGUUUGGUAUACUUUCUAUCUUUAACAUGGAAAAAUAGAUGGUUUGAAGUCUGCAUUAUCUGUUUUCUGCAAUCUGCCAUGUUGCACGCAUUGUUAACUUCAAAACCUCACUAUACACUAUAUAUUAUCUUGUUGACAUAUUCAGUAAAGAGUUAUUUAAAAAAAUACAUCAAUCUUGCUGUAUUUAUAUGAGCAAGUUAAUUAAAAUAAGGAUGUGGGUAUCUGAAAGGGACAAAAAAAUAUCAGUCUUCUGUGCUUGCAUUCCUGGAAAUAUUUUCAGAUGUUCUUCUGUCUGCUCACCCUCUAUUCAGUUUCUAAAAGACAAAUAUCAUCUUCUGUCUCUGAAAGCGUUAAACAAUUUGUUACCUCAAUUUCUCAGAUUUAGUCUUAAUCUUUAUAAGAUUAUGUCUUUCUGAUACACAUAUAGGAAAGCACUGUAAAACGAGAACAGACUGUAUUACAGUGUUUACAAUUAUUAGGUACACUUAAGCAGCUACACAAGGCUAUAACAAAUAUAUAUAUGUGGAAUCUGUGACUCAUUAUAUGCAUAGUCAUUUGAUAAAUGCAUUUGACAUUCAUCCUUGACAAUCUUGAACCUGUCUUUUAAGUAUUAUUAUCUAUUUAAUCUGUUUCCUUGAAAUGAAAUGUGAUUUUUUUUUCAAUUCUCCCUUCAAAAUUGUUCUUGAAUUUUCAGAAUGCACAACAUUAAGACAUAAGCCUUAAUAAAUUUUUGUAUAAAACAAAUCUUAUACAUAAGAUAUAUGUUAAUAUAUGCACUAUAUAUAAAGAGACACUUUAGUUACUUAGAAAUGAAAAUAAUGCCUCUUCUAUUUAGAUGUAAUUUUGCUUUGCCAGAAAGUGAGAUAUUGAAUGUUACAAGUUGUGUCUCUUCAAAUCUUAGAAAUGUAAUACUGCUGAGUGUUACAAUUCCUCAAAAAAUUAUCUUACUCUCUUUCUUAACCCUGGAUAUCAUGUAAAACUACUGACGCCUCUGUACCAUACAUCCACAUCAAGUCCUACCACCUUUCCCCCUUAAUCGCUUUUCCCUGCAUUUGAUGCUUCUACUGAACCAUAUUAGACCCCGGCAACUAAACCUCCUUGCCUUACUACAAGAAGGUGGACAAUAGAGCUAAUGUAAAUGAGAAACACCAUCAUUUAUGUAUUUCUGACAAUAAUGACAUAAUAAUUUUCAAUUGAAAUUAUUGUUUUCUGUAAAAAAAAAAAAUUGGCAAACACUGACUUCAUCAGAUAAUCUUUUCAUAUCCCAAAUUUUUUUAUUGUAGUAGAGAUAAAAGUUUAUAUUUCUUUUUGAUACUUUUAAGCCCAGUUACCUGAAGCUGUUCAGACACACAUACAAGUGUGUAUAAAUUUCUGGGGUUGUUUAUAGAGGAUUUAGCUACAAGGAUCUCCCAAAACAAACACAUGGAGGAGCAUUUUUCUCUAUUGUUCAGUCAAAAUUUUUCAGUAUUUCACUUUAAAAAGAGUUUUUCCAUCUAAGAAGAGUACCAUAUGGAGAAACAGCAUUCCACCAUUAAAGUAUGAAACCAACAUUUUAAUGCUGGUUGAAGUGCUACUGUCAGUGAAGGUUGAAACUAAAAAUCACUAAAAUACUUCCAUUACAUAGAGAGAGGCUUGAUGAUUUUUUUAACAAUAAUUUACAUUUCUAAAACAAAUUAGUACAUUUUAAGGUGAAAUCCUGACCCCACUGAUUUCAACUAUAAAUCACAAUAUUUAUAGGAAUAUUACAUCAGAAGGAUUAUUAAAAACAUGCAGUAUGACACACCAUAUAACAUGUCAAACCAUGUACCCCCAGAUGAAAUACAUCAAUUAAGGAGUAGUGUAUCUGUCUCUCAAAAAACUAGGGGAGCUGUGAAAUAGACUGCAGAAAACGAGGGGUGAGAUAAAUAUGUACUGAGUAACAUUGUCCAAUAUAAAACCAUCCAAGAUAAGGACAUGUAAAGCGACACACAUGCCACUGAGCAUAGCAAGAAUGUUCUUUUACACGAAGACACAUACAUUUUCUGCUUAUAACUCCAUAUUAUGGCUAACAUGUGACUGCAAAAAUGCAUGUAUGAAUAUUCAGAGUUUAUAGUAUAGUUACGCUUUGGUGGGGACAUCUUAUACAGAAUAAGAAGAACCUGGACAUUGUGCACUGGGUCUGUUAUUUACCUUCUCUGUAUAGAAAGGAUUCGAUUGAAGAACAAAAGUCAUGUUGAUAGCACUAUCCUGUUUUUCUAACUGUAGAAUGCCUCAAAGCGUUAAGACAGUAUAGAAACUAUUAUGCAAACGUCCAGCUCAGAUGCCCAUGUGUGUUUACAACUUCAGCGUGCUCUGUGCAAAAGCCAAGAAGUCUCCGUGCCAAGUGCUAGCAUUGAGCUGAACACAACCACUCUUGAAAAGCACAAUUGCCAGAAAGAUCCUGUAUUUCUUGAGAGAAAUCAGUAUAUUCACUUCUAUAAACCUUGAACAGGUGACCACAGACAUAAAUAAAAUUCUUUCUGAUAAGGAUUGAAGUAAUGUGUCUAAAGAUGGAAUACUGUAAUUUUCCUACUUUAAAAAUACCUGUUUAUGAUGAAGAAAAGGCAGAUUUUGUUAUGUGAAGAUGAAAUAUAGUAAUAAUGAUGUAAAUACAUGUCUUUAAUGACAUUUUAUGGACAUGAGAAAAGACACAUACAUAUGCUAUAUACAUAUAUAUUUGUGAUAUAAUUUUAAAAUUCCCUGAAAAUGAUCAAACUCUUCAGAUGAGAUCCACUUCCAACACAUGUGCAAUAUUACAAAAUAUUUAAAUCUUCAUAAAUGAUUGCAAUGGCUUUCAAGGAAUAGAAACAGUGAAAUGUGAUAAAAUUAGUAUUUACAGAAAUAAUGCACAGUAUUAGCUCAAAGACUUAGCUGUGGGAGAAAGAGAGAAAGAGAAAAAAGAAAGAAAAGUAAAAAGGAAGGAAGGAAAGAAAACUGAAAAAUAAGAAAGAACGAAGAAGGAAGGGAGGGAACAGGAGUUGUCUAACUUACAUCUGCACGCAAAGUGCAUUCUGUAAAGUGAAGGAAACUGGAUCCUACGUACCCAGUGUAUAAUUCUGAUGUCACAUAACUCCACAAACAGGUUUAAGUAUUUAAAGGUGAGGAACCAAUACAUAAUUCAUUGCUCCCUGACUUGCGAUGUAAAUGUUAAGAAUUUUUAAAGAAAAUUUGAGAGUUGGUAUGAAGUCCAGUUCUGCAUUAUCUGCUAAAGUGAAUAUUAAUCAAACAGGGCAGUAGAAUGUCAUUGUAAGUGAGGACUGCAGAAACAAGGCAAGCACAUUAUUAAUUUUCACGAAAAUACUACUCCUAGCUGGUAAAAAGCACAUGUGAGUUAUCAAGCAUAUAUGACUUAGAAAAAUAAAGAAAUGGAAACCUGAGAAAGGGGUGAUAUUCCAAAUUAUUAUAGUUGUUUUAAUAGUAUUCAGUUGAGUAGGCAAUUAAAGAAUUAGUUCAUAAAUGUAUUGAAGAUUUUCAUAUUUCAGGCCCCAAGGAGCAUAUAUUCUAUUUCCCAUUCACAAGAAAUGAGUUUAGGCAGCUUUUUACUUACAUCUGCACUGGGGGUUGGUUAGUUUUGAAGUCAAUGUUUGCUUUUUUAAUUGGUGAUGUUGUUCAUUGGAACUCUGUGCAUGCACCGAUUUACUUUGUCAUCUGUGAAUAAUUUGAGGGAUAGUCUACUUUAUCUGCAAUACUUGCCUUCUUGAGAAAUAUAUAGUUAACUAUA